GUUGCGCAAGUGGUCGGCUGCCCUCCGCCGCCGCGGAAGGCCCGUCUGCACAGAGGUGGGAGGGGCGUGACGUCACGGCCACGUGACGGAACCGUCGCGGGCCGGCCGGGCGCUCCGCUCGCACAGUUCGCGGCGGGUUCUGAUCCGGGCAGCACACAGCAGGCAACCAUGAGCGACUGGGGGUACGCGCAGAGCAACGGACCAGAAACAUGGCCAGAGAAAUUUCCGCUGGCGGCGGGCACGCGGCAGUCGCCCGUCGACAUCUGCACGAGCAGGACCCUGACGGACGCGUCGCUGAGCUCUCGGCCGCUCACCUGGCGCUACCCGUGCUCUGCCAACGUGCUCGUCAACACGGGCCACGGCUGGCGCGCAGACCUCGACUAUCACGGCUCCGAGCUCAGAGGAGGACCUCUGGCAGAUACCUAUGUACUUGAGCAGUUCCACUGCCACUGGGGCUGCUCAGAGCACACAGUCGAUGGUCGUGGAUAUGCAGGCGAGUUGCAUCUUGUACACUGGAACAUAAGCAAAUACCAAAGCUUCAGUGAAGCAGCUAGGCAACCAGAUGGAUUAGGUGUCCUUGGGAUAUUUGUUGAGGAAGGUGAUGUUCAUGAGGAGUUUCAGAAGAUAGUUGAUGCUCUGCCAAAGAUCACCUUAAAAGGGCAGAAGACUGAACUAAGUGAUCCUGUGGAUCCCAACAAAUUAUUACCUGACUUCAGUCAGUACUGGACUUAUGAGGGCUCCUUGACAACCCCACCAUGCACCGAAAGCGUGAUAUGGAUGAUCCCGAAACAACCAAUUCGAGUAUCUGGAAGUCAGCUUUCAGCAUUUCGUAGUCUGCGCUGUUAUGGACCAGGAGAGCAAUGUCCUUGUGAUGAACUUCAAGGCCUUGUAGUGAAAAAUUACAGGCCUCCUGUGCCACUUGGCAAUAGGCAGCUUCGAGAAUGUGGUUCACUUUAAGUCUUCUUUUUCUGCAGUGGUGUGGGAAAUGGGAAAAAUAAAUAACUUCUCUACUGACAUCACCAAAUUAUAGCUGUUACUGAAAUAUAUUUUACUUUAUGUCAACAAAACUUUUGAGAGAGUUUAAUAUAAAGGCUGUUCUUUAGUGUUAGCAUCUCAGGAAGAUUUCUAUUUUUGUUUUUGUUGGAAAUAUAUAUACAUAAUAAAAAUUGUUAUGUAUUCUUGUCAGAGUUUUUGUUAACAUAGGGGAUUGCUUAUGUGAAGAUUUUAAAGCCAGAUAGUAAAAUAAUUAUAAAUAUUUAGCAUAAAGUGACAGAAUGAUGCUAGAAAUGGGCCUGUUAUUUAAAGGUUUUAUAGUAUAAAUAUGUUUAGGUUAUAAAAGUUUGUGUAUAGUGAUUUUAUAAUAUGUUGAGUGCUGAUUUAUGUAUUGAUAAACUUUGUUACCAGAUGUAAAUGUAUUUACUGUUAUUCUGAUAUAUAUUGUACAAUAAAAAAUGGGAUCUAUGUUUC